GCCUUCUUCUAUUUUGGCCACCACGUUCCAGUCGUAGCACUCGGCAACGGCGGCGACUAGCGACGUGGCCGCAACCAGAAUCGCGGCGGCAGUGCUUGGCGGCCAUAACCCAAUCGCAGAAUCCGGCGAAGGCGACGGUACCUCGGCGGCGACGGCUAUAAACCUCAAAAAGUUCCCAUUCACAGGAUGCUCCUCCAUAAACCCUAUUGUUACCGCUCAUUAUCCACUCUAUGCUCUCCCGCCGACGCUCUUCUUGCUGACAAAGCCAUCGUCUAUCUCAGGCGCCACCCCGAUCACCUCAACUUUCUUUCUCCCCACUUCACUCCCCAAGCUUCCUCGAAUUUACUCCUGAAGUCACAAUUCGACCAGAAUUUAGUCGUCAAAUUCCUUGAUUGGGCACGGAGCCAGAGGUUCUUCUCCUUCCAAUGCAAAUGCCUCGCGCUCCACAUCCUCACUCGCUUCAAACUCUACAGAACGGCGCAAUCUCUUGCCGAGGAAGUAGCUGUCAAUUCGAUUGAUGAAACUGGCGCCGAGCUCUUUCAAUGCCUCAAGGACUCGUAUCAUCUGUGCAAUUCGAGCUCGGCGGUGUUUGAUCUGGUAGUUAAGUCUUAUUCUCACGUUAACUUGAUCAAUAAGGCUUUGAACAUUGUUAAUUUAGCUAAGUCUCAUGGCUUUAUGCCGGGCGUGCUUUCGUAUAAUGCUAUUUUAGAUGCGGUAAUUAGGACGAAACAGUCUGUUAAGUUUGCGGAGGAGGUAUUUAAGGAGAUGAUGGGAACUGGGAUUUCGCCCAAUGUGUUUACAUAUAACAUUUUGAUUCGCGGUUUUUGCUCUGCUGGAAAUUUGGAGAUGGGUUUAUCUUUUUUCGGUGAAAUGGAGAGAAAUGGGUGUUUGCCGAACGUGGUUACCUAUAAUACAAUAAUUGAUGCUUAUUGUAAGUUAAGGAAGAUCGACGAGGCAUUUGGGUUAUUGAGAUCGAUGGCAUUCAAAGGCUUGGAGCCAAAUUUGAUUUCAUACAAUGUGGUUAUAAAUGGGUUAUGUCGAGAGGGAAGAAUGAAGGAUACAAGUGAAAUUCUUGAGGAAAUGAAUAGAAGGAGAUAUGUUCCUGAUGAGGUGACUUUUAAUACACUUAUAAAUGGAUACUGUAAGGAAGGUAAUUUUCAUCAAGCACUUGUGUUGCAUGCAGAUAUGAUGAAGAAUGGUCUAUCCCCGAAUGUUGUUACGUAUACAACUUUGAUUAAUAGUAUGUGCAAGGCUGGUAAUUUGAAUAGAGCAAUGGAGUUUUUGGAUCAGAUGCGAGAUAGAGGGCUAUGUCCUAAUGGGAGGACGUAUACAACAUUGAUUGAUGGAUUUUCUCAGCAGGGAUUAUUAAACCAAGCUUACCAAGUUAUGAAAGAAAUGGUUGAGAAUGGAUUCACCCCUACAAUUGUAACUUAUAAUGCUCUCAUCAAUGGGCAUUGCAUAUUAGGGGGGAUGGAAGAGGCCAAUGGGGUCCUUCAAGAAAUGGUGGAGAGAGGUUUUAUCCCCGACGUUGUAAGCUAUAGUACCAUAAUUUCUGGUUUUUGUCGAAAUCAAGAAUUGGAAAAAGCUUUUCAACUGAAAGUGGAGAUGGUGACGAAGGGCAUUUCUCCUGAUGCAGUAACUUACUCAUCACUAAUUCAAGGUCUUUGUCAGCAGAGAAAACUUAGUGAAGCUUGUGAUCUCUUUCAAGAAAUGCUAAGCGCAGGUUUGUCUCCGGAUGAAGUUACUUACACAUCCUUGAUCAAUGCUUACUGCACUGAAGGGGAUUUAGAUAAGGCUCUUAGGUUGCAUGAUGAAAUGAUUCAGAAGGGGUUUUCGCCUGAUAUUGUCACCUACAAUGUGCUUAUUAAUGGAUUAAAUAAACAAGCUCGUACGAGGGAAGCAAAGAGGCUUCUGCUGAAGUUAUUAUAUGAAGAGUCUGUGCCAAAUGAGGUCACAUAUAAUACUCUGAUAGAAAACUGCAACAAUUUGGAAUUCAAGAGUGCCUUGGCUCUUAUGAAGGGAUUCUGUAUGAAGGGCUUGAUGAAUGAAGCAGACAGAAUUUUUGAGUCAAUGCUUCAAAAAGAUUACAAAACCAAUGGGGCAGUUUACAAUGUCAUUAUACAUGGUCACAGUAAAGUUGGAAAUAUUGAAAAAGCAUACAAUUUAUAUAAGAAAAUGUUGUGUUUUGGAUUUGUUCCCCACUCUGUGACUAUUAUGGCUCUGGCAAAAUCACUAUUUGAUGAAGGAAAAGAUGUAGAGUUGAAUCAACUUCUUGAGAGCACACUCAAAAGCUGUAGGAUAAAUGACGCAGAGCUAGCGAAAGAACUCGUCAAAAUCAACCAUAAAGAAGGUAACAUGGAUGCAGUUUUCAAUGUGCUUAAAGAUAUGGCUCACACUGGCUUACUACCAUACAGUUAAGUGAAGAACUCUUAGUAAUGUCGAUAACCGGGAAAAUAUAUGUAACAUCUUGAGAGAACAGAAUGGAAGAAAUCAUCACAGGUGUGGACUUAAUGUAAAUGUUUGACAGCUGCUCAAGCAUUAAGUCAUCCCUGGAUCCCAAAUUGUAACAGAGCAAAGUUCCGAUCGAUGUACUAAUAUUUAAGCUCAUGAGAAUGUAUAUGCGGUCCUCGUUCUUGCUUAAGGCUGCUUUACGGGAACUUAGGCUUGGCCCCGAUCCAUCCCGCUCAACAUUUGUUCUUGAUUUGUUCCCCACUUCGUGACUACAUGGCUCCAGUCAAAUCACUAUUUGCUGAAGGAAAAGAUGUAGAAUUGAAUCAACUUCUUGAGAGCACACUGAAGCUAUAGGAUAAGCAACGCAGAACUAGCGAAGGUACUCGUCGAAAUCAAGCAUAAAGAAGGUAACUUGGAUGCAGUUUUCAAUGUGCUUAAAGAGAUGGCUUACAGUGGCUUACUAUCAUACAGUUCUGGUUACAUGGGCGUGUGAAGAAAUAAGUGAAGAGCUCUUAGUAAUGUCGAUAAUCGAGGAAAUCUGUUAAACAUCUUGAGAGAGCAGAUUGGAUAAAAUCAUCACAGGUGCGGACUUCCCUUUGUUUCCCAUUGAUUUCAGUUGGUUUUAGUUACACUAGCCAUGUAUGUGAUACUAUAUGUAUAUCCCUGAAUUCUAGGGAAUAAAUGAAGAUGAAGAUUUUACCUUCCUUCGA